AUGUCUCCGAUAAAGAACUUAAAUGUGACUUUUGAAACAAUUAGUGACAACAGCAGUUAUUCUGAAGGCGAUAAUAUAGUAGGUACAGUCAGUUUCAGACUGACAAAAGAAGUCAAAGUCAAGAGCGUUUAUGUAAAAGCCAAAGGGGACGCUAACGUAGAAUGGACAGAAGUAGGUGUACCUGUCGAGAGACUGCAAAGUGCGCGCAGGAGAUAUUUCAAAGUGAAGGAAUACUUGGUUGCAGAAAACGAUGAAGGGACUGUUCUUCCAAAAAGAGUGCACAUCUUUAAGUUCAGGCUCAAAAUCCCAGAGGGAAGGAUGCCUUCGUCCUUCAAGGGAAAACAUGGAAAUAUUGUCUACACCUUUGAAGCCAAGAUAUCUAGGAGCUGGCGACUGCCUUCGAAAGUAGUAAAAGAGAUCAACUUUGUGUCAAAGUCCUGUCCACACACUCCUGAAAUGAUGUGUCCACAGUCCAGUUCAGUGUGUAAAAAGAUGAGUGGUCUCUCCAAGGGACAGGUCCAGAUCUGUGCUACCAUUAACAGAGGAGUUUGUUCUCCAGGUGAAACCUUGUCUGUUGUCGCCAAAAUCUGCAACUCCUCUUCCAGGAACACAAGGCUCAAAUUCAAACUUCAGCAGGUAACGGUGUACAGUUGCCAGGACAACACUAAUAGCAGCAAGGAAACGCUGUUUAAAAUGGUCGGAGACACUAUCCGUCCAAACUCAGAGCAAACUGCCUCCUGCCAGCUGAAAGUUCCCAGCGAUGCCAUUCCCACCCUCCAUAACUGUGAAAUCAUCUCAGUUGAAUAUUACAUAAAGGUGUAUCUGGACGUUAGUUUUGCCCUUGACCCAGAGGUGGUGUUUCCACUGGUCAUCCUUCCUUCUAAAUUUGCUCCAGCUCAGAGUCGUGAGGCUGUGGGGCCUGAGACAGUUGAGCCUCCAGCUUACAGCGAGUUCACAUCCUCUGCUUUCACCACUGGAUUGGAUCCUAUACUCACAGGGUCAGGCGUUUAUCAAUACCUCACCCCAGAUCCCACUCAGCAUGCAAAUGCCCUACUGCUCUGCAUGGAGAAGAACCUCCACUAUAUUUGUCCAUUUACCAGCAUCAGAAUGAAUGAAUGA